AUGGAUGGUACCAAGAAAGGCAGGAGAGAAGGCUCUGAAGUCACAGAAAGAGUUAUCACUGAAACAGUAACCACAAGACUUACAUCCUUACCACCAAAAGGAGGGACGAGUAACGGAUAUGCUAAAACAUCAUCUCUCACUGGAGGGAGCCGGCUGGAGAAGCAGAGUUUAACCCAUGGCAGCAGUGGCUACAUAAACUCCAGUGGAAGUUUAAGAGGAAAUGCCUCCACCUCCAGUUAUAGGAGGGCCCAGUCUCCUGCUUCUACUCUCCCCAAUUCACCAGGCUCAACCUUUGAAAGGAAAAGUCAUGUCACCCGUCAUGCAACAUAUGAAGGGAGCUCAAGUGGGAAUUCUUCUCCAGAAUACCCUCGGAAGGAAUUUGGGUCUUCCUCCACCAGAGGACGGAGCCAGACUCGAGAGAGUGAAAUUCGUGUUCGUCUGCAGAGUGCUUCCCCAUCUACCCGAUGGACAGAAUUAGACGAUGUGAAACGUUUGCUCAAGGGGAGCAGAUCAGCCAGUGCGAGUCCUACCCGGAACUCUUCCAACACGCUCCCCAUCCCCAAGAAGGCUACUGUGGAAACCAAGAUGGUGACAGAGAGUUCUCAAUCAGGAGGUCUGAAGGUCGCAUCCAUGAAGGACAAAGCCACCUAUGCAGAAAUACAAGGAGAUGACCGUGGUGUCGGUGGUGCAGGAGGAGGAGGAGGUGGCGGCGGCGGUGGUGCAGGUUUUGGGGCUGCCCCCGCCUGGUGUCCCUGUGGUUCCUGCUGUAGUUGGUGGAAGUGGCUUUUAGGUCUACUCCUGGCCUGGCUGUUGCUUCUUGGAUUGCUUUUCGGACUCAUUGCUUUGGCGGAGGAGGUGAGGAAGCUGAGAGCUCGUGUGGAUAGCCUGGAGCAAAUCAACACUAGUAUGUUACAGGAUAGAGAGAUCUACAAAGAUCGAGCCAUUGCUGUCUCCCAUGUUGGCGGAGGGACCAGUGAACUUGACAGCCACAGUCAGGAGGCUCUCUGGUUAUUUGUGAAAAACAAGCUGCUGAUAGAACAGGAAAAGGGAAAUCUCCGAGGAAAUCCUGGACCAAAAGGUGAUAUGGGAAUUCAAGGUCCAAAAGGAGAACGAGGGCUUAUUGGAGUUCCAGGUGUCCCAGGGACUAUGGGCCAUCCAGGCCCAGAAGGACCAAAGGGACAGAAAGGCAGUGUGGGAGAAUCUGGCCCAGAGGGACCCAUGGGUCAGAGAGGACGAGAAGGCCCCACAGGGCCUCGUGGCGAACCAGGACCCCCUGGAUUUGGAGAGAAGGGAGAUAGAGGUGCUGCUGGAGAUCCAGGUCCUCAAGGGCCCCCUGGUGUCCCUGGUUCUGUUGGUCCCAAAGGUUCUAUUGGUUCCCCAGGACCCCAGGGCCCCUCAGGUCCUUCUGGCCUCCAAGGCUUCAGAGGCGAAGCUGGUUCCCCUGGUCCCAAAGGCGAGAAAGGACCAAUGGGACCCCCAGGACCCAAAGGUGAUCCGGGUGAGAAAGGACCUCGAGGUCUUACAGGAGAACCUGGAUUAAGAGGUCUUCCUGGUCCAACUGGUGAACCUGGUGCUAAAGGAGCAAUUGGUCCAGCUGGUCCAGAUGGACAUCAAGGUCCAAGAGGUGAACAAGGUCUUACAGGAAUGCCUGGAAUUCGUGGCCCACCAGGACCUGCAGGAGAAGGAGGAAAACCAGGCCUCACAGGACCCCAAGGACCUCCAGGACUUCCUGGGACCCCAGGCCGACCAGGGGUUAAAGGUGAGACUGGAACUCCAGGCAGGAUUGUAACUUCAGAGGGAACAUCAACAGUGACUGUACCAGGACCUCCAGGACCACCAGGAGCCAUGGGGCCCCCAGGACCACCAGGCAUUCCAGGACCUGCUGGCCCAGCUGGUCUUCCAGGACAGCAAGGUCCCCGAGGGGAGAGAGGCAUUGCAGGGGAAUCUAUUAUUGGAAGCAGCUCUUCUUCAGGGAUCAAUUCUGCUCCUCACACUGCUCAAUUGCAAGGCCCCCCUGGACCACCAGGACCACCAGGACCACCAGGAGCUUCAAUCACAGGCCCUCCAGGACCCCGAGGCCCAGCAGGGGAAGGCCUACCAGGACCUCCUGGACCACCUGGAAGUUUCCUUACAAACUCAGAAACAUUCUUCUCUGGUCCCCCUGGCCCACCUGGGCCUCCUGGCCCCAAAGGAGAUCAAGGCUCUCCUGGACCCCGAGGAUACCAAGGAGACCCUGGCCUCCCAGGACUCUCUGUCUCAGGUUCAGACACUCUGGGAGUCACCCUACGAGGUCCACCUGGCCCUCCUGGUGAUCAGGGUCUUCCAGGACCCAAAGGUGACAAAGGUGACCCUGGUGUCCCUGGUGCUCCUGGAAUCCCUGGGAGCCCCACUCGAGGAGGAUCAUCAAGUUCUCGAGGACCCCCAGGACCACCUGGCCCUCCUGGUCCUCCUGGUUCCAUCAGCAACUCUAGACGGGAGAUUCAACAAUACAUCUCUGAUUACAUGCAGAGUGACAGCAUCAGAAGUCACCUCUCUGGAGUUCAGGGUCCUCCUGGCCCUCCAGGGCCUCCAGGACCUGUCACCACCAUUGGUGGGGAGACUUUCGACUACACUGAGUUGGCGAGCCGAGUCAUGAGCUACCUACGGACUUCUGGGUACAAUGUGGGCUCCUUUUCCUCGAUUUCUUCUGAAGACAUCCUACUUGUUCUGCAAAGGGAAGAAGUGCGCCAAUAUCUCCGGCAAUAUCUGAUGGGUCCUCGAGGACCCCCUGGGCCACCAGGAGCCAGCGGGGAUGGGUCCCUUCUGUCUCUAGACUAUGAAGAGUUGACCAGCCGCAUCCUAAGCUACAUGAGAAGUUCUGGGAUCAGUGUUGGUUCCCCUGGUCCCCCGGGUCCCCCGGGUCUGCCAGGAACAUCCUACCAGGACCUGUUGUCUUUGCUCCAAGGUAAGAUUAGACCUGGAAUGCAGAAUCAUUCUGACAUAGGAUGGAGAAUGGCACCCCUAAAUCAUGGCUCCUUAUUCUUCCUUUUCAUUCUAGGGUCUGAAUUUAGUGGUCUCAUUGGGCCCCCUGGACCCCCUGGACCUCCAGGACCUUCAGGCAGCUCCUGGUCUAGUCUCAGUAUGGAGGAACUUUCAUCUUACCUUCAAAGUGCAGGCUUCUCUUCGGUCUCGGGUCCUCCCGGUCCCCCGGGUCCUCCAGGCCCCCGUGGCCCCCCCGGGGUUUCGGCAGCUUUGGCAACCUAUGCAGCUGAAAACAGCGAUAGUUUCCGGAGUGAGCUGAUUAGCUACCUUACAAGUCCUGAUGUCCGAAGCUUCAUCGUGGGACCUCCGGGACCUCCGGGGCCUCAGGGUCCGCCGGGAGAUGGCCGGCUAAGGGAAGCUGACGGCUCCUACAGCCGGGGAAGCAGUAACUCCUACAGCUCUUCUACUAGCCGCAGUACCUCCUACAGCUCCUCCCUGGGAUUAGGAGGAGCCAACGGAGGAGCGUCCCUGGGUGGAGGGGAAGCCUAUGGCGCAGCCCUGGGAGAUGGUGGCCCCUAUGGCACAGACGUUGGCACUGGUGGCGGCUACGGGACGGCAGCUGGAGACGGGGGCGCGUAUGGCACUGAGGGCAGAGUUUUUGGUGCAGGCUUCACUGCGGACCUGGAUUACAGCGAACUGGCUGCGCGAGUGUCGGAGACUAUGCAUCGUCAGGGUCUGCUCCAAGGUAUGGCUUAUACUGUACAAGGCCCCCCAGGCCAGCCUGGGCCCCAGGGUCCUCCUGGUAUCAGCAAGGUAUUCGCAACCUACGGCAAUGUGACCGAGGACCUCAUGGACUUCUUCCGAACUUAUGGGGCAAUUCCAGGACCAAAGGGAGACACAGGCUUUCCAGGACCCAGAGGUGAAAGGGGACCAGCUGGGAAUCCUGGUAGACCUGGACCUCCAGGCCCCAGAGGACACAAAGGAGAUAAAGGAGACAAAGGUGAACAAGUCUAUGUUGGCAGGAGGAGGAGGAGAAGCAUUGCUGUAAAACCAUGA